CCUGGCAUAUGGUGUUAUGAUAAUUACGCAGCUAUUACUUAGCUAGUACAUUGGUUUGUUAGAUUGAAUGAGCGCCGAGGCCCGUGGGGGUUGUUGCUCCCACUAAGCCCACCUCAAUCUUUGUGUAUGUCUGGUGUGAGUGAGUGACUGUGGGCAUGUGCAUGUUGGCCAUCCCCCUCGAAACACACACACACACACACACACACACACACACAUGCUUUGCCAUCUGUUGACAUAUGCAGCUGUUCAAAAAUAGCCCUCUACCAGAAGCUUCUCUGAGUGGCCCACAGAUAAGCAGAGCAGGGGUCUUGUCGUGUGACCGAGCAAGUCGUUGUGUCUCUACGAUGACCACGUGUUUGCCGCCUAUAGUCCGAAAUCACCGCAAGGCUGUUUGACUGUCAAGUUUCAGUAAGUCUGUCCUCAUUUCUUGUGUUUUUUGACGGCGAUCCAACUGAAAAUGCAGCCCUUUCCUGACCAGUUCAUGGAGUUCCACCCGAUCCACGGUAAGCACGUCAGACUGGACCACUCAGGAACCCAGGCCACCCGGGUGGAGAGCUUUGCAAAUGGAGUGUGUUUCAGCAAACACGCUCUGAAGCCCGGGGAGAUUUUCCUCAUAGAGAUCGAGGAUAAGGAGCUGGGCUGGUGUGGCAACCUCCGGGUCGGCCUCACCGCCAUUGAUCCCGUGAGCUUAGAGGUGGUACCUGAAUACUCCAUCCCAGACCUGACGGACGCUGGGGACAGCUGGGUUUUUGCCAUCACUCGCAACCACAACAAGAUCACAGAGGACGCUGGAGCGGGGGGUCAAGAAGAGGCUGGAGAGGGAGGACUGGCUGGGGGCCGGCGGCUCGGACGGGGGGAGGUUGAAGAUGGAGAUGUAGGAGAAGGCGUCAACAUCAAACCAAAGACUUUCUUCGCUGACUCUCACUUACACAUUGAGGAUGUUCGGAUCCCCAGAGACAAGCUGGUCGGUCGGAGCAGGCCCGGACGCUACAGCCACAUUUUGGACGACUUGUAUAAAACCAACGCCUUGCCUCCCACAGCCAGACGCAGCCGGAUAGGAGUACUGUAUGUGUCUAAAGGGCAAUACCUGGCUGAUAUGCACAUUGUCAUCAAUGGUGAGGACAUGGGGGCUUCUGCGAAGGGGAUCCCCUCCAUCCAGCCUCUCCAUGCUGUGGUGGACGUCUUUGCUGCUACCAAUCUCGUCCUUGCAGACGUUGUGUAGGAAGGCCGUCCAGAAGCACAUUGUCCACAGGAUGGCCAUUGACUGGCUGGAGCUGCCAGAGGCACUGAAGCACUACUGCAAGUAUGAAUGAAGGACACCUACAAUGGACAGAACUAUCAUUUGAUGAGCUCUCUCCCAGUUCCUACCAAGAAAACAAUAUUUAUUUUUGUGAUGGAAAUCUAUGUUUCAGUUAAAGAAUAAAGCUAAAAGCAUUUUGACAGUUAUACUCUUGAUAUUUGCCAGAUCCCUGAUACCGCUGACAUGAUUUGUGUGAGUUGACAACUGCCAACUACAAUAAAUUCACGGUAUUUGUUAAA